GCACACAGGCGGAUUGUUGCGUGAAGUCUUAUUUAAUUUGUCAACAUGGUGUUAGAUAUUGAGCUCUUCCGUGGCGACAAGGGCGGAGACCCUGCUAAAAUCAAGGAGAAUCAAGCCAAAAGAUUUAAGGAUGUUACGUUAGUGGACAAGGUAGUCGACCACGACACAGCUUGGCGGAAACUGAGGUUUCGAGCAGAUUUGCUGAACAAGCUCAAGAACAUGUGUAGCAAAGUUAUUGGAGAAAAAAUGAAGAAAAAGGAAGCAGUGGGUGAUGAUUCAGCAGUUCCUUCAGAAGUCCUGGACAACAUGGAUAGUAUUACACAAGAUCAGCUAGCAGGUUUGACAGUGAACCAGAUCAAGAAAGUACGAGUCGAGAUCGAUGAAGCCAUGAAGAAGAAUGAUUCUGAUCUGGCUACAGAGGAAACCUUGCGGAAUGAAUGUCUCAAGGAUAUUGGCAAUUUGAUUCACGAAAGCUGCAUUGUCAGCAAUGAUGAGGCUGAGAACGGAAUUGAGCGUACAUUUGGUGAAACAGAAGUGACGAAGAAGUAUUCCCACAUUGAUCUGGUGGUGAUGGUGGACGGUGUCGAUACUGAGAGAGGGACUGUCACAGCUGGUGGGCGAGGAUACUACCUCAAGGGCCCCCUAGUCUUUCUUGAGCAGGCCCUGAUCAACCAUGCCAUGCAGAUGUUGCAACUUCAGGGCUACACUCCACUGUACACACCCUUCUUCAUGAGGAAGGAGGUGAUGCAGGAGGUGGCUCAGCUCUCCCAGUUCGAUGAGGAGCUCUACAAGGUUAUUGGCAAGAGCAGCGAGAAACAAGAUGACAGUGAUAUUGAUGAGAAAUAUCUAAUUGCAACCUCGGAGCAACCUAUUGCCGCGUUCCAUCGUGAUGAGUGGAUCCCAACUGAGAAUCUGCCCCUGAAGUACUGUGGGUACUCCACAUGCUUCCGCCAAGAGGUCGGGUCACAUGGCCGAGAUUCAAGAGGAAUCUUCAGGGUGCAUCAGUUUGAAAAGGUAGAGCAGUUUGUUGUGACUUCACCAAAAGAGAACUAUUCUUGGGAGAUGUUUGAUGAAAUGAUUAAGAAUGCUGAAAAUUUCACACAAUCGCUUGGCAUUCCCUAUCGAGUGGUGAACAUUGUCUCAGGUGAACUGAACAAUGCUGCCUCCAAAAAGCUGGAUCUGGAGGCAUGGUUUCCAGGAUCUGGUGCCUUUAGAGAGUUGGUGUCGUGUUCAAAUUGUACAGACUACCAGUCAAGGAGACUCAAGAUCAGAUUUGGCCAGACCAAGAAGAUGAAUCAGGAGGUGGAGUAUGUACACAUGUUGAAUGCUACCAUGUGUGCCACAACUAGAGUCAUUUGUGCCAUCCUAGAAAACUUUCAGACAGAAGACGGAAUUCUUGUCCCCAAAGUCCUGGCUCGAUUUAUGCCAGAGGUAUAUGCAGAGAAAAUACCAUUUGUUAAACCUGCCCCAAUUGAUGAACAAGAGAAUAAGAAACAGAAAAAAAGCAAAGACAAGAAGAAGAAUUUAGAGGAAGGUGUACAAAAUAUGGACAUCAAGAAAUAG